AUGCUGCUCUCCCACUACAUCCUCCGCGCUCUCGGCAGCGCGGCCACCGCCCAAGCAACCACCCUCCUCCCAGUCCACAACAUAACCCACGCUCCAGUUCGUUUCGAAAACCUCGCCGUCCGUUCCAACGGCCAGAUACUCACCACUACCACCUCCCCCAAUGCAAGCGUCUAUCUUGUCGACCCGCUAGGCAUCCUCCCCACGACACUCAUCCACACCGUGCCCAAUGUCAGCAGUGCGACGGGCAUCGCGGAGGGGAAAAUCGAGGACGUGUUCUACUUCGUAUCCGGCACGAUCAACAUAACGACUCCGAAUGUGACGUUCCCAGAGACAUACUCCAUCACUGAGAUCGAUGUGCGCGGUGUAUCCAUUCUUCCAAAUGGCACAUUGACAAACAAUCCUCGAGUCAAGCGUGUCGCAAGUCUGCCUGGAGCGUCCCUUCCCAACGGUGUCGCCUUCGCCGGUCCAGAUUCCGAUCACAUCCUCACGGCCGACUCCUUCCACGGUCUCAUCUGGAACAUCGACGUCUGCAGUGGCGAGUUAGGCGUUACGUUGAACGACUCCUCCACUAAAGGCGUCGCAUUGUCUGGUCAGGCUUUCACGGGGAUCAAUGGCCUCAAGGUCCAAGAUGGCAUCAUGUACUGGACCAACACCGGCGCCAGUAAAAUGUACAAAGUCGCCGUUGAUGACGUUGGGCGCGUGAGAGACGGUCAGACACCAACAUUGGUCACAUCCGACCUAACGUGCGACGAUCUCGUGAUCGAUUGCAAGGGUAAUGCGUAUGUUGCAGGUCCAAGGGAUGUGCUCACGAGAGUGUAUCCGAACGGCGAGAAAGAGAUUGUCGCAGGGACGUACAAUUCGACGACGAGUUCGUUGGUGGGGCCUACGGCAGUGAGGUUUGGUAGGCUGGAGUCGGAUCGUUGGAGUUUGUAUAUUACGACGAAUGGAGGUGUCGGACAGAAUGUUGUGGGAACGGAGGGGAUAUAUAGGGUAGAUCUGGGAGCGGUGGCUUGA